CCUUUCAUUCUUACAGCACCGAAGGAGACUGGAAACAUCAAGCAACCAUGGCAGUUUCUUAUUAUGGCAACAUAAUGGAUGUUGAAACUUCUGGGGCUUCGCUUCGAACCGCGAGAGCAGAAGGCCUAAAUGAUGGUGGAGUUCAAGCUUCAGAAACAAUUGCAGCCAAAGACCUCAAAUAUAUGGAGAAAUAUAAAACAAUGAUAAAGAAUGUCAGUCAGAAAACAGGCAUUGAUGCAGCUGUGAUUGCUGGUAUAAUCUCUCGAGAAUCUCAUGCUGGAACUGUUCUGAAAGAUGGCUGGGGUGACCAUGGAAACGGAUUUGGCUUAAUGCAGGUUGAUAAAAGAUACCAUAAAACAGUUGGCACAUGGGAUAGUGAAGCACCUAUUUCUCAGGGUGCCAGCAUUCUUUGUGACAUGAUAAAUAGAAUUGCAAAAAAGUUUCCACAAUGGACGAAGGAACAACAGCUCAAAGGCGGGAUUUCAGCCUACAACGCAGGACCUUGUAAUGUUCAAUCCUACGACAAAAUGGAUAUCGGCACAACAGGGAAUGAUUAUGCCAAUGAUGUUACUGCAAGAGCCAAGUUUUACAAGAUACAGAGUUACUAGUAAAAGUAAUCAAAUAAAUAAUUAAGUGCAACAGCCAACUUAUGACUCCUCAAGAGGGUUUCAAGGCAAAACAUGAGCAGAACCAUUACCUUCCCCUGUGUAGCAAGCCUGGUCUUUAUUGGUGGUCUCCCACCCAAGCACUAACCAUGCCCACGGUAGGGAGGAGUGACUCUCAGGCAGCAAAUUGUGAUAGAUUCAUUGUGAUUGGACAUACAGCUAGAGCUCUCUCUAACUUGCUGCCUGAGAGUUGCCUCCUGCUUCUUUUGCCUAUGAAACCUCUAAAAGCCAAGGUGGGGGGGAGAAGCCUGCUGCAAAUGGCUGCAGCUUCAUGAGUGCUUGCCCAUGCUGCCAGAUUGGUUUUGCUGGGAUUCUCUGGUUCUGUUGAGUUUUCGGGAGGCUAUCGGUUGAUGCUCUUUGUGUGUUUGGCAAUGACUUCUUUGCCCUAGAGAUAGCAUUGGAUUCCCGCCCCCAUAGGAACUAAUAGUCACUGGGGGGUACCUUGUUCAGGGGCCAGUAGAAUUGGACUCCUUGAUCCAAUCUUCUUGAAAUUUGGAAAGUCUUCAGAGGACAGCCAGUUGUCAACCUGUUGCAAUUUAGGUGUAGUUUGCUCCAAAAAUGCCCCCUACCUCCCUGAAAGAUUCCCCCAUCAAUAACAGUGGAGCUGAUUAUUUUUGUAUAUUUUCAAAAUUAACCAGGAAUGCAAUACCACUCUACCCAAGAAUCCUGGAUUUUAUUGGAAUUCCUGAAUAUACCCCCCAAAUACUGAUGAGGCACUUUUCAAGUAUAUUUUUGGACUGGAUAUACCAAAUUGCACACCCGUACUCUCACCCUAACUUAUCUCACAGGGUUGUUUUGGUGAUAAAAUAGAAGGCAGAACAACGUAAACUACUUUGUUGUCUUCACUGAUGAGAAAAGCAGGCUACAAAUGAACUAAAUAAAUAAAGCUUAUCAAAUUGUAACAAC